AAGGUUGGACACUGCACAGGCACCCACACUCACUCCAGCUCCUUCUCUUCAGGCACAAUGAAAACCCCUGUGGCAUUUCUGGUGCUGCUGUCCAUCUUUGGAACACGCUCUCAGGCAGAUGAGGUUUUUAACAUCUUCACCCCAAGCAGCAAUGGUGGCAGUGUCCAGGAGACAGUGACCAUCGACAACCAGAAGAACACUGCCACCAUCAAUAUCCAUGCAGGGUCAUGCUCUUCAACCACUAUUUUUGACUACAAGCAUGGUUACAUUGCAUCCCGGGUACUUUCCCGAAGAGCCUGCUACAUCCUCAAGAUGGACCACAAAGCCAUCCCUGCUCUGGACAAACUCCAACGGUACCUCUACGAGAAGCAGACAAUGAGCACCAUGGACUCUGGAGAGUACACCUGGGUCAAGUACAACCCUUUGAAGUCUCUGUUCACAAAGGUGGAUUGGUUCCUGUUUGGGUCACCUAUUGAGCAACUGUGCAAACACGUCCCUCUGUAUGAGGCAGAGGUGGUUACAAAGCCAAAAGAGGUAGCCACUGGAGCCUGUGCAAAGGUUGGCAUCCUGGGGAUCUUAGGAAUCUCCAUCUGUGCAGGAGCUCACAUUUAAGAUGGUCCAUCAGCUGACUUCAUCUUUUCAAAGAAAUACCCCUUUGGUUUCCACUCAGAAGCCAACAUUCCAUCUACUU